GUUGAAUGGAGUUGUAAUACCUUAUGGUCACAAGGGCAAGGAGAUGACUCCACCAUCUGCUCGUUCAAUUCUUAUCGUCACUGUGUGGGAUGCUGUAGCCCUUCUUUGGACGUACAGCAUAAGUCGACCUCCAAAAGUGAAAUGCAAUUACAAGGUAAAUCCUCUAAUGAAGAAAUUCGAAAACCAAGUCGCAUAUCUGGAGAAAAUGCAGUUGGUCUGUGUGGAAAAAUUACUGGAAAUGGGGGAGGAGGAAACUCUUCCAACCAUGGUAAAUCUCACAUUCUCCUCUCAGAAGGGAAACGUCAAGAAUUACUUUUACAGGCAGUGAAAGAGAGAGUAAAAGUGAUGAAAACAAUGUAUUUAAAUAUCCAAACUGAGAAAAAAUUGGAAGGUUACUCACAAUCCUGGGCUAUUGUUCAGAGUCAGUACCCCGGAGGGUUCUUUAUGGAAAGAAGACUACCCGAAAAUACCAUGCAACUUUGUACUUCUGGACAUUCUAUGUCCUCUUUAUCUUACAAUAAUAUAUUCGACUCAUCUGGCAAUAAUCCAACCUUGGUAGCCGAAAUGAUUGAGAAUGAAUCAGACCGUUGUCGUAUUGCAAAAUCUCUUAAUAUAAAGAUUCGAAGUGGUGAUCUUCAAAAAGAUUAUAUUUAUCGUGACAUGGGACGCUAUGACCAAUAUAUUAUGGUUUUUCAGGAAUUUUUCAAUGCAGUAUCAGAGAAAGCAGUGCUAUGGGAUGUUUUAUCAGACGGAACUUUAUGGGAGCUAUCUGAUUUGGAUUCGCCGGAAGGAUGCAAUUCUCACCCCGUAAGUGACAAGAAAAAAAAGAAAAAAGGCAAGAAAAAGAACCAAAAAAGGCGUCAUUGA